AUGGUCUGUGUCUACAUGGGCCAUGGCUGUUUUCCUCCAAAGUCUCUAUGUAAGUGCAGCCACGGUGAAAGGCGUACCGCAGAGGUCACAGAGGUUGCCGCUGGGCUCCCUUUGGAAAGUCGCGCAGAGAAACCAGCCUUCAAAUCCUAUUCCCGAAUCAAAGGGCGGGACCCGAACGGAGAGGCCCGCACUCUUUUGAAACGUGUGUUGAGAGUCCAAAUGCCCCAGGAGGCCGCAGAUAGCUCUGGCCUUACAGUGUCUGUAGACAUUGACGCAGCCUGCUCUGAUGGUUCAGGGACUGGAAAGCCUUGUCGCUUUACCUGCCUGCGCCGGUCUCCAGUCCUGUUUUUUGGAGUCGUGACAGGUUCUUGCUAUGCAGUACAGACUGAACAAGCUACUUUGGGAUGUGAAGAGUGGAAUCCUUGGGAAGGAGAUGAAAAAAAUGAGCACCGACAGAGAGUUAAAACUAGCCUUCAAAUAUUAAAUAAAUCCACGAAAGGAAAAGCAGACCACAGAGUACAAAUCUGGGGCAAAGCUGCCAUUGGUUUGUAUCUCUGGGAGCAUAUUUUUGAAGGCUUACUUGAUUCCACUGAUGUGACUGCUCAGUGGAGAGAAGGAAAGUCAGUUGUAGGAAGAACACAUUACAGUUUCAUCACUGGCCCUGCUAUAGUCCCGGGGUACUUCUCUGCUAAUGUGAAUAAUGUGGUCCUGGUUUUAAAUGGAAGAGAGAAAGCAAAGGUCUUCUAUGCCACCCAGUGGUUACUUUACACGAAGAAUUUAGUACAGUCUCAAAAACUCCAGCACGUUGCUGUUGUUCUGCUGGGAAAUGAACACUGCAAUAAUGACUGGAUGGCCCAGUUCCUCAGCAGCAAUGGUGGCUUUGUGGAGCUGCUGUUCAUCAUAUAUGACAGCCCCUGGAUUAACGACGUGGAUGUGUUUCAAUGGCCUCUAGGAGUAGCAACGUAUAGGAAUUUUCCUGUGGUGGAAGCAAGUUGGUCAAUGGUGUAUAAUGAGAGGCCGUACUUAUGUAAUUUCUUAGGAACUGUGUAUAAAAACUCAUCUAGACAGGCACUAAUGAACAUUUUGAAAGAAGACGGGUACGAUAAGCUUUGUUGGAUUUCAGCAAGAGAAGAGUGGCAGCCUCAGGAAACCAACGAAAGUCUUAAGAAUUACCAAGAUGCUUUGCUUCAGAGCGACCUCACGCUGUGCCCGGCCGGAGUCAACACAGAGUGCUACAGGAUCUACGAGGCCUGCUCCUACGGCUCCGUUCCCGUGGUGGAAGACGUCAUGACGGCUGGCAGAUGUGGAAACACCUCUGCUCACCACCGCGCUCCUCUGCACCUGCUCAAGACCAUGGGCGCUCCCUUUAUCUUUAUUAAGAACUGGAAGGAACUUCCUGCUAUUUUAGAAAAAGAGAAAACUAUAAAUGCACAAGAAAAGAUUCAAAGAAGAAAAAUGUUACUUCAGUGGUAUCAACACUUCAAAACAGAACUAAAAAUGAAAUUUACUAAUAUUUUAGAAAGUUCAUUUUUAAUGACUAAUAAAGGCUGACUUAAUCAUGUUUUGAGAUAGAUGUUAUAUUUUUAAAAUAAUAUAAAGUGAGGCUGGGCAUGGUGGUGCAUGCCUGUAAUCCCA